AUGGGCCCCUGUACCGCCUCCUCAUGCUGCUGCCAGGCCCGUAAUCUGCCAUGGGCCCCCGUACCGACUCCUCAUGCUGCUGCCCAGGCCCGUAAUCUGUCAUGGGCCCCUGUACCGCCUCCUCAUGCUGCUGCCAGGUCCAGAGUGUGUCAUGGGUCCCUGUACGGCCUCCCAUUGCUGCUGUCUCCAUCGCCACACUCUGCCAUGUGCCACUUUCAGGUCUCCUCACACUGCUGGUGGGUUCCAUUUUUUCAUAGGGUGCUGUAUGGCCUCCCAUUGCUGCUGCCUCCACCGCCACACUGUGGCUCCACACUCUGGUUUUGGCCCCGUGACUGCCCAAAUGAGUGAAGUGUGCGGUGAUUCUAAGAUCGACGGCACUCAUCUGCAUGUCAUACUGACUGACAGUAUUAUCUCUCUCUUCCCCAGCAGACUCCAAGGGCAUUUAAAUUAAAGGUACAGUGUUCUGCACUAAUAUAA